AUGAGUACCACGACCGAAUCCAAAACCCAACCCCAGCCGGCCAACCAUCCCAGCCCUGCUCCGAGCGCCGCUGGCUCGACUGGAACAUCCGGAAUCACGGUGCGCAGUGGCCCCGGAGCCCAGCCCUUGAGCUUCAGAAGACAACGUGCAUCACGCGCGUGCGAGACAUGCCACUCUCGCAAGGUCCGCUGUGAUGCCGCCAGCCUAGGAGUCCCCUGCACCAACUGUGUCGCCUUCUCCAUCGAAUGCAAAAUCCCCUCCCCGAAACGCAAGAAGAACCAGACGAAGAGCAAGGAUGAUCAGUAUGCCGACAGCCCGCCCCAUACUGCCUCCUCGCUCGAUGCCGGUGUGGGUCAAUAUCGUGCCGACACCGAGGGUUCCGACCAACAAGGCCAGUCCUCGGAAUCGGAAGACAAGGAUGAUGCUUUUGGAUAUCGGAAGAACCGCCUGGCCGUUGACGGCAUGCCCGUCACCUCCCUCUCGGCAUCGGACGCUGCCCACCAGGCCUCGACGGAUAAUGCUUACGCUCAGUUCAUGAAGCCCAAGUUCGCUCGGGCUCCGAUCAAGGAAGCCGGCCGGGUUGCGUAUCUGGGAGAGUCGUCAAACCUGUCUCUCCUGGUCCAGGACCGCCACGGGACCUCGGAUGUGGUGCACUACCCGCUGCCACCCAAUGUCAGAGGGUCUCGGGCACGGUUGACGGAUCUGGACAAUCUGGAAAUUGAUAUUCUCCACCAGCGAGGUGCAUUCCUGCUUCCCCCCAAGCCGCUUUGCGAUGAACUGGUGGAGGCCUACUUCAAAUGGGUGGCCCCCGUGGUGCCCAUUAUCAACCGUAGCCGCUUCAUGCGUCACUACCGCGAUCCCAAGAACCCGCCGUCGCUACUCUUACUGCAGGCUAUUCUGCUGGCUGGCUCACGUGUUUGCACAAACCCGCAGCUCAUGGACGCCAACGGCUCGACUACUCCGGCUGCGAUGACUUUUUACAAGCGGGCUAAGGCGCUGUACGAUGCCAACUACGAGGAUGAUCGCGUCACAAUCGUGCAGGCAUUAGUGCUUUUGGGUUGGUACUGGGAAGGACCUGAGGACGUGACCAAGAACGUCUUCUACUGGACACGGGUCGCGAUGGUCGUAGCUCAAGGCUCUGGGAUGCACCGCAGCGUGGAAACAUCGCAGCUCAACAAACCCGACAAGAGACUUUGGAAGCGAAUCUGGUGGACGCUCUUCACACGGGAUCGCUCGGUAGCCGUCGCACUUGGACGACCGAUUGGGAUCAACACUGAUGACUCGGACGUGGGGAUGGUGACUGAAGAUGACUUUAUCGAGGACGAGCUCGAUAUCGCGGCCGAGUACCCACCGGACCCGGUGCAUGUGCAAUUCUUCCUGCAAUACGUCAAGCUGUGUGAGAUCAUGGGUCUGGUGCUUUCGCAACAAUACUCCGUGGCGGCCAAGUCACGGCGUAUGAACGCCAUGGACCUCACCCACUCUGAUAUGGCUCUGGCCGAUUGGCUUCAAAACUGUCCCAAGGAAGUCUGCUGGCAGCGAUCUCGACAUCAUUUCUGGGCCGCUCUUCUCCACUCAAACUACUACACCACCCUGUGCCUUUUGCAUAGAGCUCACAUGCCACCGGCUUCUUCCGCCCCCAAUAGUUACCGGGUCGAGGAAAUGGCAUACCCGUCGCGCACAAUCGCCUUCCAGGCCGCCGGCAUGAUGACUUCUAUUGUUGAGAACCUGCAGGCCCACAAUGAACUCCGCUACACCCCUGCGUUCAUUGUCUACAGUCUGUUCUCAGCCCUGAUCAUGCACGUCUACCAGAUGCGUUCGUCGGUCCCCUCGAUCGUGGCGACUUGCCAGGAAAGGAUCAAUGUGUGCAUGGCAGCCCUGAAGGACGUGUCCAAGGUUUGGCUGGUGGCCAAGAUGGUUCACACCCUGUUCGAUUCCAUUCUCGGAAACAAGGUGCUGGAGGAGCGGCUCCAGAAGGCUGCGGGUAAGAGGCAUCAACGGCGGCCACACGACUCUUCCGCUUCCUCGAAGAAGCCCGAUCCGCCGAAACGCAAGUUCGACGAUAUGGAUCUCGGUGGCCUGCCCAAUGGAGGUCCCACGCCUCCCGUGUCGUAUGAACGUUCUCGUCCUCAGACACCUGCCGUCACACCUUCUCGUGAAUUGAACCAGCCCCCUCUAGGCAAUGCGUCCCCCAAUGCCCACCGUGGACCGCACGAACCUAUACCCGGCGUUUCCAUGUCCCGUGGGAAUACUCGACCCACGACGCCCUUCAACGCUCAGUUCUCGCUGCCCGCUACCCCUCCAGAUUUCUUCCUCGUGACCCGUACCUCGCCCAAUCUCUCUCCAUCUCUCUGGGAGAAUUUCCAGCCCGACCAGCUGUUCCCCGAUGGCACCGCCAUCUUCCCCGAGUUGACCUCCCCACCUCCAGGAACCGUGGACCCGUCGCUGCCUAUGCCCGCACAACCAGGUCCGAACAUGGCCCAACGGCCCAUGAUGGGCCCGAUGCCUCCACAUGUACCAGGACGAAGCAUGUCUGUCCCUCAAAGCAGCCCGCAAAUGAUGUCGGGCAUGCCAGCCGGCUUGGGGAUGCAGCCAGGGCAGGGGCCACAGGGGCCACAGGUAUUUGGCUUGGAGGGCCAGACGUGGCCGAUGCAGAGCAUGGACGGAACUAUAAGCGGAGCGGCGCUGGACGCUGCCAGCCAAGACAACGACAAUUGGAGCAGCAGCUCUCGCAGUGGCCCGACUGCGCCCACGACUUUGAACGUGGAAGACUGGUUCCAAUUUUUCGGUAUCAACGGUGGCUUUGGCGACCUGGCGGCGUAA